AUGGCGCAUCAGCAAACAGUUCCUGCGGAAGAAACAUCUCGUGUCUCAUGUAAUUUUGGUCAGCUGUAUUUUGCAAGGUCUCGAGUUAUGCUUAGGUUAGUCACCGAACUUACGAUUGGUAGAUAUUAUAAAAGAAUAAACCAGGAAGCAAAAUGGACACAAGAGGAACUUUGUAAGUCUCUUGAUGCCAUCAAAUCUGGAAGAAAAAUAGGAGGAGUAUCAAGAGCUUUUGGGAUUCAUGAAACUAUUCCGCGAACGAGAAUGAAGGCUAAAAAUACUGAGGGUCCAAAACUUAGAAGUAACCCAACAUUUUCGACAGAACAGGAAAAUGAGAUUAGGGAUCAUGUUAUUACAAUGGCCAAGCUGUUCUAUAGCAUUACAUGCAUCCAGCUGCGAAAGAUUGCAUUUGAGUAUGCAGAGGCUAACAACAUUGCAAACAAUUUUGAUAAGUCAUCUAGGUUAGCUGGAAAGGAUUGGCUAGCUCUAUUUUUAAAAAGAAACCCAAGUAUUAGCAUGAGAAAACCUAAGGCAACUAGCAUUAACAGAAUACAGACAUUUAAUGAAGAAGAGGUUAAUGCAUAUUUUAAAAAUUUAGAAAAUGUCUUUGAAAAAUAUAAAUUUAUAGAGGGGCAAGUGUUCAACGUCGAUGAAACGGGCAUAAAUACUGUACAAAAGCCCGAGAGAAUUUUGGCUCCUAAAGGUGUUAAACAAAUAGGUGGGGCCACGUCUUGGGAAAGUGGGAAAAACGUGACUGUGAUAUGUUGUUUCAGUGCUGCUGGUUCCUACAUCCCCCCUACGUUUAUCUUCCCCAGGAAGAGGAUGUCAAAUCUCUUAAGUAAAGGUGGACCAGUUGGAGCAAUGUAUGGUUGUUCCGUUAAUGGCUGGUCCAAUGAGUCAUUAUUUUUCGAAUUGAUCCAACAUAUUCAGAACAAUGUAAAAUCAACUAUUGAUGACCCUGUGCUGCUGAUUUUAGAUAAUCACAGCAGCCACGUUUCAAUUGAUAUUUUUGAAUUUUGUAAAAAACAUUCUAUUUUCACGGUAACCAUACCUCCACACAAUUCUCACAAGCUUCAACCGCUAGAUGUUACAUCCUUUUCUUCUUAG